AUGUCGGGCAUCCCUCCGCCGCCGCCUCCAGGCUGGGGAGCAGCCCCCCCUCCUCCUCCACCACCUCCCCCAUCAUCGUUGCCGCCUCCUCCUGAUACACCCGCGCCGCCAGCUCCUCCGCCCCCUGGCUAUCACCCUCCGUCCUACCCUCAGAUCGCCAAGUUUGCACAAAAGAAGAAAGAAUGGCUUAGGGAUCGCCGAAACAGAUUUGGAGAGAAGCGAAAGGCCGGCUUCGUCCAGACUCAGAAGGCUGAUAUGCCGCCCGAACAUCUUCGCAAGAUCGUUAAAGAUAUCGGAGAUGUGUCUCAAAAGAAAUACACCAAUGACAAGCGCAGCUAUCUUGGCGCUCUAAAGUUCAUGCCACAUGCAGUCCUGAAACUUCUCGAAAAUAUGCCUAUGCCCUGGGAAUCAGCGCGUGAAGUCAAGGUUCUGUAUCAUGUCAACGGAUGUCUGACCUUAGUUAAUGAGACUCCUCGCGUUAUUGAACCCGUCUUCUUUGCGCAAUGGGCAAUGAUGUGGACCUUCAUGAGGAAAGAAAAAGCCGAUAGAAGGCUUUUCAAGCGUAUGCGAUUCCCGCCAUUCGACGAUGAAGAACCGCCCCUGUCGUGGUCCGAGAACAUCGAGGACGUGGAACCUCUAGAGCCUAUUCAAAUGGAGUUGAACGAUGAGGAAGACGAGGCCGUUUAUGAAUGGUUCUACGACCAUCGGCCACUAUUGGAUACCUCGCAUGUUAAUGGUGCGAGCUACAAGACAUGGAACCUCACCCUACCUCAAAUGGCAGCUUUGUUCCGUCUCAGUCGUCCAUUGAUUUCUGAAGUUGUAGACAAGAACUACUUCUACCUUUUCGACCUCAAGAGCUUCUUAACUGCAAAGGCUCUCAAUGUUGCGCUUCCAGGUGGACCGCGUUUCGAGCCGUUGUACAAGGAUAUCGAUCCAAACGAGGAGGACUUCGGCGAAUUCAAUGCUAUAGAUCGCAUCAUCUUUCGAACUCCGAUCCGUACUGAGUUUCGAGUCGCGUAUCCAUUCCUGUACAAUUCUCUCCCAAGAAGCGUACACCUGACGUGGCACUCGCACCCACAAAUCGUAUUCAACCGUGCUGACGAUCCCGACUUGCCAACUUUCCUUUUCGACCGACGAAUCAACCCCAUCUCAUCCCGAACCGUGGCGCCCAAGAAUGUUGAAAUCACUCUUGAGGACGAACUUUUUGGACCAGGAAAUAAUGAAGAGCCUGAGGAGGAUGCGUUCGAGCUGCCUGCUGCGGUUGAACCCUUUCUUGCCGACGAAGAGCUUGAAAACGAGCAUACAUCCUCAGCCAUUGAUUUAUGGUGGGCUCCUUUCCCGUUUGAUAGACGCUCUGGAAAGAUGGUUCGCGCUCAGGAUGUGCCUCUGAUCAAGCAAUGGUACUUGGAGCACCCGCCCUCUGACCGACCUCCUGUGAAGGUUCGAGUUUCUUACCAGAAGUUACUGAAGAACUUCGUUCUCAAUGAGCUUCAUAAGAAGAAGCCCAAUGCACACAAUAAUCAGAACUUGUUACGCUCUCUUAAACAGACUAAGUUCUUUCAACAGACAAGCAUUGAUUGGGUUGAAGCUGGCCUUCAAGUCUGCCGACAAGGUUUUAAUAUGCUUAACCUCUUGAUCCACAGAAAGAACCUGACAUAUCUUCACCUGGACUACAACUUUAAUCUGAAGCCUGUGAAGACACUAACAACCAAGGAGCGAAAGAAGUCUCGAUUUGGAAAUGCAUUCCAUCUUAUGCGUGAAAUUUUGAGGUUGACAAAACUGAUUGUGGAUGCCCAAGUUCAGUACCGUCUUGGAAACAUUGAUGCCUUCCAGCUUGCUGAUGGCAUUCAUUACGCUUUCAACCAUGUUGGACAGCUCACCGGAAUGUACCGAUACAAAUACAAGCUCAUGCAUCAGAUUCGUACUUGCAAGGAUUUGAAGCAUCUGAUUUAUUAUCGAUUCAACUCUGGUCCAGUGGGCAAAGGUCCUGGCUGUGGUUUCUGGGCUCCCUCAUGGAGAGUGUGGCUCUUUUUCAUGAGAGGUAUCAUCCCAUUACUCGAACGAUGGCUUGGUAACCUCUUGUCUCGUCAAUUCGAAGGUCGACACAGCAAGGGUGUGGCAAAGACAGUCACGAAGCAGCGAGUCGAGUCUCAUUUUGAUUUGGAAUUGCGCCAGUCUGUCAUGUCUGAUCUGAUGGACAUGAUGCCGGAGGGUAUUAAACAAAGCAAGGUCAGCAUUGUGCUUCAGCAUUUGUCUGAAGCUUGGCGUUGCUGGAAGAGUAACAUCCCCUGGAAGGUCCCGGGCCUGCCUGCGCCGAUUGAGAACAUUAUUCUUCGAUAUGUCAAAUCAAAGGCUGACUGGUGGAUUUCUGUUGCUCACUACAACCGUGAACGAAUUCGUCGUGGAGCAACCGUGGAUAAGACUGUCGCGAAGAAGAAUGUUGGACGUCUGACUCGACUAUGGCUCAAGGCUGAGCAAGAAAGACAGCAUAAUCACAUGAAGGAUGGCCCAUAUGUGUCUUCCGAAGAAGCCGUCGCCAUUUAUACGACUACUGUUCACUGGCUGGAGUCUCGGAAAUUUUCUCCCAUUCCAUUCCCCAGCGUUUCGUACAAGCAUGACACCAAGAUCUUGAUCCUGGCCUUGGAGCGUUUGAGGGAGGCUUACUCAGUCAAGGGUAGACUGAACCAGAGUCAACGUGAAGAGCUGGCAUUGAUUGAGCAAGCUUAUGACAGCCCCGGCACCACAUUAGAAAGAAUUAAGCGGUUCUUGCUCACGCAGAGAGCUUUCAAAGAAGUCAAUAUUGAUAUGAACGAUAACUACAGCACGAUCAAUCCUGUAUACGAUAUCGAGCCCAUAGAGAAGAUCAGCGAUGCUUAUCUUGAUCAGUACUUGUGGUAUCAAGCUGACCAGCGACAUCUGUUUCCCGCCUGGAUCAAGCCAUCAGACUCUGAGGUGCCACCGCUGUUGGUCUACAAAUGGGCCCAGGGCAUUAACAAUUUGAGUCACGUUUGGGAGACAGAAGAUGGAGAAUGCAACGUAAUGGUUGAAACCGAGCUUUCCAAGGUCUACGAAAAGAUGGAAUUGACGCUUCUCAAUACCCUACUGAGACUCAUCAUGGACCAUAACUUGGCUGACUACAUUACUGCCAAGAACAAUGUGCAACUGACAUACAAGGACAUGAAUCACGUCAACAGCUAUGGUAUGAUCCGUGGUCUUCAGUUCUCAGCCUUCGUAUUCCAGUUUUAUGGCUUGGUCUUGGAUCUGCUCUUAUUAGGACCUCAGCGUGCCAGCGAGAUUGCUGGCCCUCCCCAGAGCCCCAACGAUUUCCUGCAGUUCCGUGAUCGAGAGACAGAAACAAGGCACCCAAUCAGACUCUACAGUCGUUACAUUGACAAGAUCUGGAUCUUUUUACGAUUUACCGCCGAAGAGUCUAGAGAUCUUAUCCAACGCUUCCUCACUGAGCAACCUGAUCCUAACUUUGAGAACGUCAUUGGAUAUAAGAGCAAGAAGUGCUGGCCGAGAGACUCUCGUAUGCGUCUGAUGAGGCAUGAUGUCAACUUGGGACGUGCAGUCUUCUGGGACCUCAAGAACCGUCUGCCGCGUUCAGUCACCACCAUUGACUGGGAUGACAGCUUUGUCAGUGUCUACAGUCGUGAUAACCCGAACCUACUGUUCUCCAUGUGCGGAUUUGAGGUUCGGAUUCUACCAAAAAUCCGAAAUCAGAAUGAUGAGUUCCCCGUCAAGGACAGCGUCUGGUCUCUCAUCGACAACACCACCAAGGAGAGAACGGCACAUGCUUUCUUGCAGGUCACGCAGGAAGACAUCCAGAAGUUCAAUAAUCGUAUCCGACAGAUACUCAUGUCGUCUGGCUCAACAACCUUCACUAAGAUUGCAAACAAAUGGAAUACCGCACUGAUUGCUCUCUUCACCUACUAUCGUGAAGCAGCAGUCUCUACGGUUGAUCUUCUUGAUACCAUUGUCAAGUGUGAGACGAAGAUUCAAACCCGUGUCAAGAUUGGACUUAAUUCCAAGAUGCCGUCUCGUUUCCCUCCAGCUGUUUUCUACACUCCCAAGGAACUUGGUGGCUUGGGCAUGAUUUCGGGCUCCCAUAUCUUGAUUCCUGCCAGUGACAAGCGAUGGUCUAAGCAGACAGACACGGGUGUCACCCACUAUCGCUCUGGUAUGACUCAUGACGAGGAAACCUUAAUACCCAAUAUUUUCCGUUACAUCAUCCCUUGGGAGGCAGAAUUCAUUGAUUCCCAGCGUGUCUGGACAGAGUACUCCCAGAAACGACUCGAGGCCAACCAGCAGAAUCGUCGUUUGACGUUGGAAGAUCUUGAAGAUAGCUGGGACCGUGGUCUGCCCAGAAUCAAUACUCUUUUCCAGAAGGACCGUAGCACCCUCAGCUUUGACAAAGGUUUCCGAGCUAGAUCUGAGUUCAAGAUUUAUCAAUUGAUGAAGUCCAAUCCUUUCUGGUGGACUAGUCAGCGACACGACGGAAAGCUAUGGAAUCUCAACGCCUAUCGCACCGACGUGAUCCAGGCCCUCGGUGGUGUUGAAACCAUCUUGGAACACACACUCUUCAAAGCAACGGGAUUCCCUUCCUGGGAAGGACUCUUCUGGGAAAAAGCGUGUCUUGCGAACGGCACGAUGCUGCUUCGAUAUGAUCACUCUCUAGUUGCAGUCGAAGACGUCAGGGAGGGUGAUUUGCUUCUUGGGCCUGAUGGAGGACCUCGACGUGCGUUCAAUGUGGUUAGCGGCAAAGACCGACUUUAUCGCAUCACGAUUGGCAGUGGCAAAGAAGAUCUUGUGGUUACCUCGAAUCAUAUCUUGGUCUUUCAUGAGGUGAAGAGCGACUCUGAUCAAUAUUAUGAUGAUAUUGAGAUGACAACCGCUCAAUAUGCGGCGCUUGAGUCUACAGAGAGGAGCAAGUACAGGCUCUUUAGCUGCCCUGGUCUCAACUCCCCCCAACCAACAUCUCCCAAUUCUGCUGCGGGUCGCUUUAUCCCUCAGUCUCAUAGCUUCGUGGUCAAGGAUGUAGUGCUGGAAACAGAAGCUACGGAAUGGGCAGGUUUUCGAGUCGAUGGCGACCAGCUCUACCUACGACACGAUCAUCUUGUGCUUCACAACAGUGGUUUUGAAGAGAGCAUGAAAUUCAAGAAACUCACAAAUGCGCAGAGAUCAGGUCUUAACCAGAUUCCAAACCGAAGAUUCACGUUGUGGUGGUCGCCCACCAUCAACCGUGCGAAUGUGUACGUUGGUUUCCAGGUGCAGCUUGAUUUGACUGGUAUCUUUUUGCACGGAAAGAUUCCCACCCUCAAGAUCUCCUUGAUUCAGAUAUUCCGAGCCCACUUGUGGCAGAAGAUCCAUGAAUCCGUUGUAAUGGAUCUUUGUCAAGUUUUUGACCAGGAGCUGGAGUCACUCGGCAUCGAGACAGUGCAAAAGGAAACAAUCCACCCUCGAAAGUCGUACAAGAUGAACAGCUCUUGUGCUGACAUUCUUCUCUUCGCAAGUCACAAGUGGAACGUCACCCGUCCCUCGGUUCUGUUUGAUACGAAGGAUGUCAUUGAGCCGACCACUACGAACAAGUUUUGGAUUGAUGUGCAACUUCGAUAUGGCGAUUAUGACUCGCACGACAUUGAACGAUAUACUCGUGCGAAGUACCUUGAUUAUACUACCGACAGUUCAAGUAUUUAUCCUUCUGCAACGGGCUUGAUGAUUGGUAUUGAUCUUGCUUACAAUCUUUACUCGGCCUACGGCAUGUAUUUCCCCGGUCUGAAAGUUCUCAUCCAGCAAGCUAUGGCCAAGAUCAUGAAGGCCAAUCCGGCACUUUAUGUCCUGCGUGAACGUAUUCGCAAAGGCCUGCAACUGUACGCAUCUGAGAGCAAUCAGGAAUUUCUGAACUCGCAGAACUACUCUGAGCUGUUUAGCAAGCAAACUCAGCUGUUCAUUGACGACACCAACGUUUACCGUGUUACGAUUCACAAGACAUUUGAAGGCAACUUGACGACUAAGCCAAUCAAUGGCGCCAUCUUCAUUUUUAACCCUCGAACUGGACAACUGUUCCUGAAGAUUAUUCACACGAGCGUUUGGGCUGGUCAGAAGCGUCUUGGGCAGCUCGCCAAGUGGAAGACCGCCGAAGAAGUUGCUGCUUUGAUCCGAUCACUUCCCGUGGAAGAGCAGCCGAAACAGCUUAUCGUUACAAGAAAGGGCUUAUUGGAUCCCCUCGAAGUUCAGUUGGUCGAUUUCCCCAACAUCUCUAUCCGAGCAUCUGAGUUGCAACUUCCCUUCCAAGCUGCCAUGAAGGUUGAGAAACUGGGAGACAUGAUUUUGAGGGCCACUGAGCCUCAAAUGGUGUUGUUCAAUCUUUAUGAUGAGUGGCUGAAGACUAUUUCAUCAUACACUGCGUUCUCUCGUCUGAUUUUGAUUCUCCGCGCGCUUCAUGUCAAUCCAGACAAGAGCAAGCUCAUCCUUCGGCCCGACAAGACGGUAAUUACUCAUGAACACCACAUUUGGCCAUCAAUGUCCGACGAGGAUUGGAUUAAGAUUGAAACGCAGCUUCGAGAUCUCAUCUUGAAUGACUACGGAAAGAAGAACAAUGUCAAUGUUUCCAGUUUGACCAGCAGUGAAGUCCGUGAUAUCAUCCUGGGUAUGGAAAUCUCUGCACCUUCCCUGCAGAGACAACAGGCUGCAGAAAUCGAGAAGCAGCAACAAGAGCAACAACAGCUCACUGCUGUCACGACCAAGACGCAAAAUGUGCACGGUGAAGACAUUAUUGUCACAACUACGUCGCAGUUUGAGCAGCAGACGUUUGCCUCCAAGACUGAAUGGCGGACAAGAGCCAUUGCAACCUCCAACUUGCGAACUAGAGCCAAGAAUAUCUACGUAUCUUCUGUCGACAAUGAUCUGGACGACAUCACCUACGUCAUGCCGAACAAUAUUCUGAAGAAAUUCAUCACGAUUGCGGAUCUGAGGGUCCAAGUGGCAGGAUAUCUCUAUGGCUCCUCUGCCCCUGACAACGAGCAAGUCAAGGAGAUAAAGUGCAUCGUCAUGAUGCCUCAAAUAGGUGGCCUUCGCAACGUACAGCUUCCUCAGCAGCUUCCUCGCAGUGACUUCCUUGAUGGCAUGGAGCCCCUUGGUGUCAUACAUACCAUGUCUGGGAGCGAGCUGCCAUACAUGUCCGCUGCCGAUGUUAGCGAGCAUGCCAAACUGCUGGAUGCCCACAGCGAGUGGGACAAGACAAACACAGUGACCGUUUCCGUUUCCUUCACACCCGGCAGCGUCUCCCUCUCGGCCUGGGGCCUUACACCUCAGGGGUACAAAUGGGGAGCUGAGAACAAAGACACCCAGAGCGAUCAGCCACAAGGAUUCACCACGACCAUGGGAGAGAAACGAAAAUUACUGUUGUCUCCGAGAUUUAGGGGUUUCUUCCUGGUGCCUGAUGACAGGAGAUGGAACUACAGCUUUAUGGGCAGCGCUUUUGCAGGCAUGGAAAAGAAGCCGGUUCACGUGAAGCUCGACACACCCCUUCCAUUCUACAGCGAUCAGCACCGACCUAUUCACUUUCAUAGUUUUGCUGAGCUGGAAGAUAUCUGGGUAGACCGGACUGACAACUUCGAAUAG